AUGGUGGCCAAGCACAUCGGCCUUCCGCUCACAAUUAAGGAUGUCGACAUUCCUGCUGGUGACACCAAGAAGGAAGAUUUCCUUAAGCUUAACCCGGCCCACACUGUCCCCACUAUGGUCGAUGGCAACCUCGUACUCUUCGAAAGCCGCGCCAUCGUUACCUACCUGGUGGACAAGUACGCUGCAGGCAGCCCCUUGUAUCCCCAGGACAUCGAGAAGCGCGCGGUGAUCAACAAUCUGCUGAUGUUCGACAUUGGCACCCUCUACAAGACCAUGUCUGCCUACUUCUACCCGGCCCUGCUUUUCAAGAAGGAAUACGACCCCGCUGCCGAAGCCCCCAUGACUGAUGCUCUGCAAGUUCUCGGAAAACUGCUGUCUGACAAGCCUUACCUGACCGGCUCCGACAUCAGCCUUGCCGACAUCGUUGUCGCUGGUACCCUCUCCUUCGUUGACGUCGCCGCUUACAGCCUGGACGCCCAUCCCAAAGUCCGGGACUACUACAGUGCCCUCAAGAAAGACCUCCCGUACUACGCAGAGGUGAACGACAAGGGCAUCGAGAUGUUCCGGAAGUACUCUCAGAAGUAACCAUGUACCGUUCUAGGUUGCAGUGGCAAAUAAACAUCCCCCUCGUUUACUUUCCUU